AUAAAUUAGACGGAUCUUUUUUUUUUUUGCAGAGCCAAUUCAGUCCCGUUGUGCUAUUCUACGUUUUCAAAAGCUUACCGAUGAACAAGUUGCCAAACGAUUGCUACAAGUUUGCGCGGCAGAAAAAGUUAGCUACGAAGAAAGCGGUAUCGAUGCUGUCGUUUUUACCGCGCAAGGUGAUAUGCGUCAGGCUCUCAACAAUUUACAGUGUACCGUGGCCGGUUUCAGAUAUGUUACAGCAGAUAACGUUUUCAAGGCUCUCAACAAUUUACAGUGUACCGUGGCCGGUUUCAGAUAUGUUACAGCAGAUAACGUUUUCAAGCACUGUGUUCGAAGUGAGGUCAUUCCAGCAUGUGAGAUUGUGCAUAAUCUUUAUCGGAUGGGCUACUCGUCGGAUGAUAUACUGAACAAUAUGUUCCGGGUUUGUAAAACUGCCAGCAUUCCGGAAUUUCUGAAAUUGGAAUAUUUUAAGCACUGUGUUCGAAGUGAGGUCAUUCCAGCAUGUGAGAUUGUGCAUAAUCUUUAUCGGAUGGGCUACUCGUCGGAUGAUAUACUGAACAAUAUGUUCCGGGUUUGUAAAACUGCCAGCAUUCCGGAAUUUCUGAAAUUGGAAUAUUUUAAGGAGAUUGGUUUAUGCCAUGUGAAAGUUGUGGAAGGUCUUAGCUCACUUCUACAGCUAACUGCACUUAUUUCUCGACUGUGCCUUAAGCAAAAUCAGCUGAGCAAGUGA